UACGCCAAGGAAGCGGGCAGCCAUUCAGGGGCAGACCUGAGAAGACAGUGACAUUACAAAAGUUUGACUCAGCCAAUCUCAGAGGGUGCGAUAACACGUGGGUUACAAAGUGUCCCCCAAAUGGCGGCUCCUCUCCGUGGAAGGCAGACGGAUAGAAAAUGGCGCCUCCCUAUGUGGGCAUGUGGGAGGGAUUUCCUGUGCUGGGCCCUCCCACCUCCGGUCGGGCCGAUUGACAUUGGGUUCUGCCCUUCGCCUGAGGCUUUUUCCCACCGCGGCAUGCAGUCGGCACAGCGCUGCCAGCUGCUGACCAGGAAGAGCGGCGGGCCGGAGACAAAGGUGUGUGGAGCAGUAGCAGCAGUUUUACAUGCCAGAGCGUUCCGUGUCUGGCUGCCCGAGUGGUCGGCUCUUACUGCGGAGCAUGACGUUAAGUGGUACAGAAUAUGCCCUUGCUUCAGCUUGGGCUGUGUUCCCCAGCAGCCUCCCCCACCUUCUUGUGCAAGCCCAGCCUCCUGGCAUGAAGGAGAGCAUAAGAAGCAGAAAGGUCCUCGGUUUCUGUGGAAGCAGUGCUCUGCUCCAGCACUUACGGGGCUGUGUGAUCAGCAGUGUUUACGCCCCAGUUCCCAAAGCUGCAUGACAGGUGCCUGCCAGGAGGAAAAGACCUCUGCCCUCGCCAGAGCCAGGACAAUUCCCAAGCGUAGUGCAGUAGCACAAACGCAGAGUAGUACCACUGCACUUAGAGUGUCUACACUGCAUCCGCUAGUACCGCCACGUAACAUCGUGGCUUACGGGCCCUGAGUCUGCUGA